AUGAAGCUCGCGAAAUUAUUUGCUUUGACGACUGCCUCAGCACAGGCUGCUCAACUCGCGUUCCCUGGCGCCGAGGGUUUUGGUAGAAAUGCGGUUGGUGGUCGUCAAGGUGAGGUGUACAAGGUGACAAAUCUCAACGACUCUGGGGAGGGCUCUCUCCGAGAUGCAGUAUCGAAAUCAAACCGAAUCGUCGUGUUUGAUGUUGGUGGUGUUAUUAAAAUCUCUGAACGCAUCGUCGUGUCUAAGAAUAUCUACAUUGCUGGCCAGACUGCUCCUGGAGGCGGAAUUGUAGUCUAUGGAAACGGCUGGUCUUUGUCCAACGCCAAUGAUUCUAUUGUGCGAUACAUCACGAUCCGUAUGGGUAAAGGCGGAACAUCUGGCAAAGAUGCCAUUGGCAUUGCUGACGGCAAGAACAUCAUCUUCGACCACGUCAGCGUCUCAUGGGGAAGAGAUGAGACAUUCUCUAUCAACGGCGACGUAACGAAUGUUACGAUACAGGAUAGUAUCAUAGCUCAAGGCCUUGUCUCGCAUUCGUGCGGUGGUCUGAUGCAGACUGAUGGCGGAGUCAGCUUGUUUCGCAAUUUGUAUAUCGAUAACAAGACGCGUAACCCCAAAGUCAAGGGCGUGAAUGACUUUCAGAAUAACGUUGUUUACAACUGGGGAGCUGGUGGUGGCUACAUUGCUGGAGACACUCAGGCUGACAGCUAUGCGAACGUUAUUAACAACUACUUCAUCUCUGGCCCUGAUACCAGUGUUACUGCCUUCACGCGCGGUAAUAAAUACUUCCAUGGCUAUGUGAAAGACAACUUCUACGAUUCUAACCGCAACGGAAAACUCGACGGUGCCGCUCUUUGUGAAAGUACCACAUGCUAUUCAGAUAUGGACAUAGUCAAAACUCCAUACGCUUACCCAGCCCCAGCCUCUCUCACGGCCCAACAAGCCGUGGAGGUUGUUCUCAAAGGCGUCGGGAACUCGCUGCACAGAGACACCGUUGACACUGCCCUUAUCAAGCAAGUCAGGUCGUACGGGACAGAGGGCAAGCAGAUCUCCGACGAGAAAGAGUUUGGUGGUGUUGGAGAGAUUGCCGCUGGUACUGCACCCAAGGACUCAGACGGUGACGGAAUUCCGGAUGAGUGGGAGAUCAAGAACGGUCUGAACCCUCAGGAUGCUUCUGAUGGUAUGAAGAUUGCAUCGAAUGGGUAUGCGAAUCUUGAGAAUUAUGUAAACUCUCUUGUCUAA